UUUGCCUUUUUGCUUUUUAUAUAUAUAUAUAUAUAUCCAAUUUCUUUUUUCCCUAUUAUAAUUUUUUAAUUACGCCAGAUCCGAAAAGAAGAUAACCUUAUUAUUAUUGUGAAGAAAUGCUAAAAAUAUUUGGAACUGGAAAGAAGAAGAAAAGCACUGUUAAGCCUGGCCAUUUAAAGAUCCCAAUUCCCAUGAUAAGUGGAGUUCAAUAUGCAGAUAUGACAGAAUCUCAAAUAUCGACACUUAUUGGAGGUGGGAACAGAGGUGAUCAACCAUCGAAAAAAUCGGUACCAUCCAUCUCUAGUCAAAAAACAGAAAAAGUGUCGGGUGUUGCAGCUCCAGGUCGAUCAAUUAGCUCACCUCCAAACCUAUUGAUGCCCAAACCGGUAUAUAGUUUACCGCCUACUCGAUUUUUGUUCAAAAGUCAUGAAUACGAAAAGACCCAAGUAGAAAGCAGUGAAGAUGAAGAAAGCUUUUCGGGAGAUUCAAGCGACGAAAGUGAUAUUAUUGAGUUAUUCCCAAGCAAUGUAAUUGCUGCAGAUCACACCGUGACUAAAGAAGUAAAUCAUAAGAAGCUUAGUCCCAUUGAAGAAAGCGAAAAAAGUCCUAUUGAAUCCUUGUUUACUAAUGAAGGAGUAAUUGGAAAACUCGAAUCACAAAGACAAGAAAGUGAUAAUAACAACCACCAAUCACUCGGCUCCGUCACAAGGACGAGCGAUGAUUCAAUUAGACACUAUACUUCCGCGUCUGAGUCUCCCUUUUUUACCACUUCUUCUGUUUCAUGUUCGAGUAACAAUCUGAUAAACGAUACGCCAGCAUUUCCCUCUUUUUCGGCCAACUCAUUUUUACCGAUACAACCCUCUUCAAAUAAUAUUGAUAUCGCUCCUAAUAACAACCCCACGUCUUCCGUAUCAGUCCAUCAAUCUGAUACGAAAAUCAUCAAAAGUUCAACCCAAAUGAAUACAUAUUCUACACCUCAAGAUUUAGUGGAAUCCGCCAAACACACCAAGGAAAACGCAACUUUUAAUUUUCAAAAUACAGAGCCUAAUAAGUCACCAUCAUUGCCGUCUGAAGAAGUUAUUCAAAAUCCCACAAGUCUUCGAAAUAAUAAACGAGAAAAAACGCCGUUACGAUUUAGUGACGCAUCUUCUAUAUCACCGCACCCCACAGGUACAAGUCAGACUAAAGUCACCCGGCCGAGCUCAUCCUCUGCAUCUUCAGCCACCAUCGGACUGGCUGUUACACCUAUAUCCCAAAGUAGAAUUACAAAUAACAGUGAUAAACCACCUGGGAAUCAAUCACAAACCUCCGAACCAUCCGCUUUUGUUGCUUUUCAAAACAAUAACAAUAACAAAAAUAUAUUCAUGCCGCUCGAAAAUACUAGCCGAAACCAUUCUCUUGCUAUUUCAGAUAUACAACACAAUAUGAAAAAAAUGGCACUCAAUGAGGAUCUAGAAGAGCUGAAACGUGCUGUUGAUCGUAUGCAGCAGCAGCGUGUUUCUGACCGUGAAGAACACUUGAAUAGAGUCAAGGAACAAAAACUACGAGAGAAAGAAAUCUUGGAUCAAAUCAAUUUGACUAAACAACGCUUGGAAAUGGCUAUCGCUGGUAAAUUUUUUAUGGACGAUCUUAAUAACACUAACGACGCUGAUAACAAUGCUAUCACGGCCACUAUAGGUCAACAUCAGGCAAGUUUUGAGGAUUUGCAACCACCCAUCAAGAGCUUAAAUGGACCUACCAUCGAAGAAGAAUAUAUCACCAAGACAAACCCGAUGAUGAAACCAUCCACAUCCGCCUCUUCAUCAAGAAGCAAAACUCGAGCUAACCUAGCAGAGGCCCCCAAAUCAUUGGAAAACCGACAAUCAGACAGCGGUCGUCCCAAAGGACUUCGUAAACAGCUGAAUUCAAGUAAUCGUUACAGUUACCAUCAGGAAUCACCUUCAGAAAGCUAUUUCCCUGAUGCCAGCAAAACAGACUUUGAGUAUUUGAACAACCCACAUGGCCUUCCUCCUCAACCUUCUUUUGCGUCCAACAAGUUUAGAUAUGGGAACGUAAGAAAUUAUCAUCCUGAGAUGGAAUACAUGGAAGGUAGAAAUCGCUAUGAUCUUUUCGAUCCUCCUAGAGUUCGAAAUAUUCGUAAUUUUCCCCAGCAGCAACGACGUCAGCGCUCAAAAUCUGUUGAGUCACAGUGGCUACCACCACAGGAGUUUAUAGAUCAACAGCAACAUAUACAUCGUUUACAACAGCAGCAGCAUGAGCUUUCUUAUAGCCCCGCUGAAAUGGGGGAUAACAAUCGAUUUAUUCCUCCUGGUCGUAUUCGUUCGCGAAAGUCUUCUACGCAUAGUGCUAAAAGUAACCCUUCAGAAGGCACAGGGAACGGUCAGGAUCUGCAGAACGGAUACCAUUCCGCAGCUGAAAAAGAUGAUGACGAUGGCGAUGGCGAAGAUGAUGAAAUGGAGAAUGAUACCAAUCGACAUGAUCCGCCCGAGGUAAACAUUCGAUAUAAUCCAGAUGGAGACUUUCCACAACAAUUUCAUGAUGAUCCUCGUCUUUCCCGUAAUAAUUCGGGUAACAGAUACCGUCGAAGACCGCCACCGCAUUCGAAUAAUGGGCCUAUGCCGCCUUCCAUGAUGUACCAUAACCAAGCUUUCGGACCCCCACCACAUAUGUCCCAUAUGGGGAUGAUGAGUGAUAGAGAUCGGCUCAAGAUGAGACCACCCCCACCCCUACCUUAUGGAUACAAUAAUAUGCCGCCUCCUGGUAGUGAAUAUUACCCUUAUAUUCCUCAAAGAGUUUCUCCAAGAAUGAUGGCUGCGUUCAAUGAAGAUCAGCAAUGGAAUCCUCCACCACCCCACCAUCCACAAUGGGGACCUGUUAACCAAAACAUGUAUGGGGCUCCUCCACCUCCACCUGAAAAUAUUGGUAGCGGUACAGCAGCAAAUAGCGGUGGUGCUGUGAAUGGUGGUGUCAAUGGACAUCAUUUGCAGGAUACUCCUAACGAGAAUAAUUUUGGAAGAAGAUACCCUCCUACCCAGACUGUACCUUUACAACAAACACCUCAACAAUCUCAACAUGGAUAUAUGGGGAUGUACCCUGAUACUUCUCAUAGAUUGUACAUUUAAUAUAACAUCCAGUUAGUCUGUUAAUAUUUAAUAAAUGUGAUGUUAUCAAUCUUUAAACUUCA